AUGUUUGCCGGUACUUAUAGUUACAUGUUAAAACAGAAUGUAUACAAUGGUUGUACACCAACAAAUUAUUUUCCAAUCUGUGUAGGAGAUCUAUACUUGAACACUUCACCAGCUACUCGGUUCUAUCAGCACGAUGAACCACAAGAGCUAGAGUGUGUUAGAUUUCGGCUUGAAGUCAUUGUUGAUGAUGAGACAAGAUUUCGGCUUGAAGUCAUUGUUGAUGAUGAGACAGAUCAAGGAAGAUUUGUAAUCUUUGACAGAGAGGCAAGGAAAUUGACUAACAUGUUGGCCGAAGAUUUGAUAACAUUUAAGGGUACAACUCCUACUUAUGCCAGUUUAAAGGGACUUCCUUCAUGCUUACAAGAGCUUAUUGGGAAAAAAUAUAUAUUCCAGCUAAACCUAACAAAGUUUGAUUUCAAAGCAAAGGAAAAGACUUUCUCUGUGUCAGGCAUAAUGAGCGGACCAAUUAGUAGCCAAGCCAAGUUGCCAAAUAAGAAGAGGAUUAGUAUCGAGCGCACAAACACUCGUAACAACUCUGACAAGAAAGGGAAAAAGCUCAAGUUAGAAGAUGAAGCCAUUGCUAUUAAAGGGACAAAACGGCAAAGCGGCAGGACCAAAAGAAUGCAUCGAAGACAUUGCUAG